AAUCAAAAAACUAAUUUCAAUAAGACAAAAAUACAAUAAGCAGUUCUAUAGUGUCUGAGUAGAGAGCAGUUGGUGUAAGAAAAAUCGAUUACUGAUCAGAAAGAUGGAUUUAGAAUCGGUUGGUGAUUUAGCGUUUCAUAUGAUUUUGGAAAAUCUGAAACCCGAAGACAUUGCAAGUAUUUCAUGUGUAAGUAACAGGUUUAGGUCUGUCACUUCCGAUGACUCUCUUUGGUCCAAAAUCUGCUUCCAUGAACUUUCUCUCACUCAACCCAUUGAUCAUCGUGGAAACCCUCUUCCUUCCUUUAAGGAAGCUUAUAGAACUUGGAGAGAAGAUUUUGUUAUGUAUCCUUGGUCUCUUGUUAAGCGUGUAAAAAGGUGUUGGGACAAUAUAGAAACCUGGCUCGUCAAUAAUUUUCCGGAAGCUAAGGAGACUCUUUGUGAAGGUGCAUCGGAAGCUGAGAUUCAAGAGUUGGAGGAUGUCUUGAAUGUUAAAUUGCCUCUUCCUACAAGGAUCCUUUACCGCUUACAUAAUGGGCAAGAGAUUGAAAAACUAGAUGUCGAUACCUCUACCGACGCAUUUGGCACUUCUUUGGGAAUAAUUGGUGGUUACUCAUUCUAUGAUCAUUUGGUGAAUGUUUAUUUAUUACCUAUAAGUCAUAUAAUUGAAGAAACCCAGCAAAUUACAAACAACUUGGGAUUUUUAAGAAGAUCCAAGUACGUUCUUGUGGCUGCUUCGUCCACGUACUCUGAGAAGUUGUUUUUCCUCAACUGUACCAAUGGUCAACUAUAUGUUGGAACCAAGGAGCUUAUUACCAAUAGAGAUAUGAUGCCAUGUGUUCCUCGUAAUCUGAUUAGUUUGGAUCGUGAGUUGGAUGGCGAAAAGAUACAGGAUGCCAUGCUGCUGUGGUUAGAAGAACAUGGCCGCCGUUUACAACGUGGCUCUAUCAAACUGAUCGAAGAAGGAAAGGCCAAAAGCAUUAAUCUUUUCCCAGAAGAACCCCCUCUUUGCUCAACUGCUGUAACCAAUGGUGUGCAGGUUCGCGCCUCUGCGUUGGUUAUCCCUGAGUUGACUGAUCUUCAAGAAGGCCGUGAGAAGUACUUAUUUUCUUAUUCAAUCCGCUUGUCCUUACAACCUCAAGGGUGCAUGAUCAAUGGAAUAUCCCACAGGUCUUGCCAGCUUUAUUGGAGGCACUGGCUCAUCCAUGCUAAUGAUGUUGUAGUAUCUGAUGUCGAUGGAGAAGCUGUUAUAGGAAUGAUGUCUUUGCAGUACCCACUUUUGCGUCCAGGUGAUAAAGAAUUUGCUUAUCAGAGUUGCGCAGCUCUACCAACAUCAUCAGGUUCCGUUGAAGGUUCCUUUACCUUUGUACCCGGAAGAUUGGUAGAACCAAAAGGAGAUCCUUUCAUAGCUACAGUUGCGCGUUUCCCUCUCGAGCGGCCAGACUAUAUUUUCUAAUUUGCUUAUUUAUGGGAUUCAGCUAUCUCUAAUGAUAAUUGCAGCCCUGUGAUCUUGUUGCAUCAUGUUACUUUGUAUGAGUUGCUUGGUUGUUGUGAGUUUAAGUUGGCAGUGCACUAUUUCCCUAUGUAUUUAAGACCAAUGCAGAAUAAUACAAGAUAGAAAUUUGAAUAA